GGGGGGUGGUCGGGGCGGGGAUGGACCGGGCGCGGCGGCGGCAGCUGCAGGAGCCGGCGCUGGAGACCGAGCCGCGGCGCUGGCGGAGACGCCGGCUGUCCGUCGUCUCUCCACCGCUUCUCCUAAAAGGACAUCAGUGCCCCCAGGACGUGCUUGAGGGAGAGCAAUGAAGGUAGGCAUGAAACCUCCAUUUCUCAGCUGCAUGCAUACCCACUCUUGAAGCAAAUGCCUACCUAAUUUGACAGUCUCAGUGUGUUUAAACUGUUUGAGUUUGCAAAUAAGCUUGUUAAGCUCACUGAUGGAGCCUUCCGGCAGUGACCAGUCAUAUGAGGACCCUGAUCCUGGAGGCAGGUCCCAAGAUGCAGAAGCCAGGAGGCAGACAGAAUCAGAGCAAAAGUUAUCUAAAAUGACCCACAAUGCUUUGGAGAACAUUAAUGUGAUUGGCCAAGGCUUGAAGCAUCUCUUCCAGCACCAGCGCAGGAGGUCAUCAGUGUCUCCACACGAUGUGCAGCAGAUUCAGACAGAUCCAGAGCCUGAGGUGGAUCUGGACAGUCAGAACGCAUGUGCUGAGAUUGAUGGUGUCUCCACCCAUCCCACAGCUCUGAAUCGUGUUCUCCAGCAGAUCCGAGUGCCACCCAAGAUGAAGAGAGGGACAAGCUUACAUAGUAGGCGGGGCAAAUCAGAAGCCCCAAAGGGAAGUCCCCAAAUCAACAGGAAAUCUGGCCAGGAGGUGGCAACUGUUAUACAGUCAGGUCGACCUAGGUCUUCAUCCACAACUGAUGCUCCUACCAGCUCUUCUGUGAUGGAAAUAGCUUGUGCUGCUGCUGUGUGUGUACCUGGAGAGGAGGCAACUGCAGAACGGAUCGAGCGUUUGGAAGUAAGCAGCCUCGCCCAGACUUCCAGUGCCGUGGCCUCCAGCACCGAUGGCAGCAUCCACACAGAGUCUGUGGAUGGAAUACCAGAUCCUCAGCGCACAAAAGCUGCCAUUGCACACCUGCAGCAGAAGAUCCUAAAGCUCACAGAACAGAUCAAGAUUGCACAGACGGCCCGAGACGACAACGUUGCUGAAUACUUGAAGCUUGCCAACAGUGCAGACAAGCAGCAGGCUGCUCGCAUCAAACAGGUGUUUGAGAAGAAAAACCAGAAAUCUGCGCAGACCAUUCUCCAGCUGCAAAAGAAACUUGAGCAUUACCACCGAAAGCUCCGUGAAGUGGAACAGAAUGGGAUCCCCCGGCAGCCCAAGGAUGUCUUCAGGGACAUGCACCAGGGUCUGAAGGAUGUGGGUGCAAAGGUGACUGGCUUCAGUGAAGGUGUAGUGGACAGUGUCAAAGGUGGAUUUUCCAGCUUCUCCCAGGCUACCCAUUCAGCAGCAGGGGCUGUCGUCUCCAAACCCAGAGAGAUUGCCUCACUGAUUCGGAACAAAUUUGGUAGUGCAGACAAUAUCCCUAACCUGAAAGACUCAUUAGAGGAAGGACAAGUGGAUGAUGGGGGAAAGGCUUUAGGAGUGAUUUCAAACUUUCAGUCAAGUCCAAAAUAUGGUAGUGAGGAAGAUUGUUCUAGUGCCACUUCAGGCUCAGUAGGAGCCAACAGUACCACUGGGGGCAUUGCUGUAGGAGCAUCCAGCUCCAAAACGAACACCCUAGACAUGCAGAGCUCAGGGUUUGAUACACUACUGCAUGAGAUCCAGGAGAUCCGGGAAACCCAGGCCAGACUGGAGGAAUCCUUCGAAACCCUCAAGGAGCAUUAUCAGAGGGACUACUCCUUAAUAAUGCAGACCUUACAGGAAGAGCGAUAUAGAUGUGAACGACUAGAAGAGCAACUGAAUGACCUAACAGAGCUCCACCAGAAUGAGAUCCUGAACUUAAAGCAGGAGUUGGCCAGCAUGGAAGAGAAAAUUGCCUAUCAGUCAUAUGAACGGGCCCGGGAUAUCCAGGAAGCUCUGGAGGCCUGUCAAACCCGCAUUUCCAAGAUGGAACUGCAGCAGCAACAGCAGCAGGUGGUGCAACUGGAAGGGCUGGAGAAUGCCACUGCCCGAAACCUUCUGGGCAAACUCAUCAACAUCCUCCUUGCUGUCAUGGCAGUCCUCUUGGUGUUUGUGUCCACAGUAGCCAACUGUGUGGUCCCCCUCAUGAAGACACGCAACAGGACGUUCAGCACUUUAUUCCUCGUGGCUUUCAUUGCCUUUCUCUGGAAGCACUGGGAUGCCCUCUUCAGCUACGUGGACCGGCUCUUCUCACCCCCCAGAUGAUGCUGGCACAGAAAAGCAGUGCUCCUCACCGUCUGGCGAGUGCAUGCCAAGAGAGCUAGACAGCGGCAUUACCCACUCUGAAGUUUUCUACAAGAGAGUUGAGUGAAUCUGUUUACAUUUAGAAUAAUGUUUUUUUCUUCAAGAGACGCAAUUGCAAUAGUAUUUUUUAGAUUUUAUCCAAGAAGUUUUUUGGGAAAAAAUCUUGGAUCAUUUUUAUGUAGCAUGAUUUUCCUUGGGAUGCAAAUAUGAAACAGUCCUUUAACAUAAACAAUCUGCAACACACUGAAGGGCAUUCUGCAUUGAAGCUUGGAGAACUGCACUAAACCCACUAAACAGAUGCAAAAACCUGACCAGGCCCAACACCCACCCUGCCUGGGCUCCUCUCCUCAUCCAGACUAACUCUACUGUGAAGUCCCACCACAUUCCAAGUUGGAAUUUUAGAUUCAGGGUGGAUUUUCUCUGCCGUGGAAGAACACAGGCAUCUCCCUAGCUUUCUCACGCUAACCCUGAAGUAUGAUCACUUCUGAACCCCCUCCUUUCGUAACUGCCGGGAUUGGAAGCAAGAGCGUCAAGCCCAUCGGAUGACUGCACAGUCCUGCCAGUGUUGUGAAGUAGCCCGUAAUCCUAACUUUUAAGCAAAAUCCCUUGGCCGCACUUUUAAGGUUUGGUUGUUUUUUAUAUAUGUGUGUGUAUAGUUACCAACUUAAAAUAAAAAAUCCGAACAACAUACUUGAAGAAUGUAAUACUCAAACUCUCAGUGCUUCCUUAUAAUUUCUAAUAGAAUUUUUUAUUAUUGUUAUUAUUAUUAUUGGGGUUUUUUUGGUUGGUUGGUUGGUUGGUUGGUUGGUCGGGUUUUCUUUUGGGGAGGGUGGAGGGCCUGGGUUGGGAGGGUCUUUUAUUUUCUCCUCUGAAAUAAAGCAGUGAUGUUUUCAAACGAAGCCGUGUGAAUAUUUCAGUGUGCUGCUCCCUGGUGUCGUGAGACAGUUGAGUUGGAGACUGCUGCCAGUGCUGCCCUCUGCCACCCUGGGGCUGCCCCGGCUCUCUGGUCUUCAUCACCCACACAGCACCGUCUCCCCGGCUUGGCUUGGUUAGAAUGGUGAGGGGUUUACAGGGUAAGGGGACAAGACUAUACAGACUAGCGUGGUAGGACUGGAUUUUUUUCCCCCCAAGUAAAUGUUCACCCUGUGACCUUGGGCUGGGAUUCUCUUUAGGAAAAAAGGCUACUAUGUUUGUUAUGAGAGUCGUAAAUAACUCCCUGUGUUUGCUUAAUUUAUUGUUUAACACCCCCUAACUGCCGAAACCAAAGUGAUACGGAGUCUUCUUGUCUGCAUUUUGGCCUCAGCAUCAUUAACUUCAAAGCUUUAUUCUGUCUGCCUGAGAGGAUCCACUGAAGAUGAUUCUCCCAAAAAGCAGAAAAGGAAAUGUCAGGUUACAAGGACCCAAGUUGUAGGUGCACACUUUUGCAAGCUUCCGACUAACCCAGACUGACUUACAGCAAUCUAACUGCUCAGUGGCUGUUUAGAGACACUCUAGAAGAUAAGCCGAGCUUGGACCUCAUCCUAUAGCCAGUUCCAUCACUCAGGUGGAGCCUGAAUCAAACCUUCAGAGCAAACUUCAGAGCCUGAUUAAUCUCAUAUCAUUGGAGGUCACAAACGCCAUUUCCAGUGGCCUCUUUCUGUGUGCCCACAUGAUGCAAUGGGGUCAUGUACUAUGCCCUAGACAAAGAAGUAUGUUUUGCCUAUCUCCCCAUACCAGGACCUUCUUUCAGAACUAGGGUAGUAUUGCCCUGUCUGUUGGAAAGAAUGGUUUACAUAGCAGCUCCAGCCUCCUUUUGCUUUGGCCAGCUGGCCUUCUCACGUUGAUAUUUUAACUCAGGUACCCAGUCUUCACUCCAUCCCCGGAUGCUUGUUCACCUCAUAAUGAGCACCUAGAGCAAGGACCAAAAGAAAAAAACUAAUUAAAACCAAUGCAUAUCCAUGCCAAAACAAAUGGUCCCCAAGCCUGUUUAAAAGGUUAACUUUGCCUGAAGAUACUAAAGCAGCUUCAGGCAAGAGUGCCACAGAACACUAUGACCUUGCUGGGCUAGCAUUUGCUGCUAUAAUUUAGUUGCUCUGUUAUAGAAGAGAACCCCAUGGGGCUGUGGGAGAGACAAUCCAGUGGCAGCCCACUGGCUUCUCUAACCAUUCCACAAGAACCCUCCCCUCGCCCCCCAAAAUGCCACUGUGAUCCAUAAGCUGAAGUUGUUUCUAAUGCCUAAAGGCAGUUUCUGUUGAAAGAAGAGUCUGGAGCUUCAAAGAGACAGGCAGACCUGCACUGAUUCUCCUCCUUCCUCUAGCACUGUCUUGGGAAGGUCCUUCAGUUCAGGACAGGCCCUGUCACGGCCUCUUGCUAUCUUACUCCUGCUUGCUCACCAGGCCCACAGUUGUCUGCACUCAGUGCUGUUUGUAACACAUCCGUUAUCCUGCCUACCUGUACUUUUUGCUGCCCAUCCCUGUUGCCUUUGAGUUUCUGGCUGUCCUCAGAAUCUCUUUUCUAUUCAUGGCCCUUCUAUAGCCUUGAUCUGAGAGAAGCUUGCCCAUAAUUUAAUGCUUCUUUUCCUUAAAAAUAAAAAAUUUAAAUCCCACUAAAGUGAAGCAUUUCUUGAUUCCCUUGUCCAUGUUGGUGCCUAGCCCAGGUGAGUGAGGCUGCCUGCGUUGGCCUGGGUGACUUGUGGUUGUAGAAUUGGCCGUCACUCUGCACUGUUGAUGGCUGCCUGCUCCAGUUUCAGGUCCUUUGUAUAAUCAGUAUGUCCCAGCAUUGAAGGCUUUCUACUCCUUAAGAGGUACAGUUGGGUCCAUCGCUGACAGUGUUUCUUUAGCCCCAUCCCAAUUGGCAUAAAACAUUUGUCACCAGAACAGUAGGGUAAAGCCUUCCUCACCAGCCGUGUCUUGACUGUGAGCAUGCUUUAGUGUGGUCUUCACUGUGUUUGGUUUUGUUUCUGAUUUUGUGUUCUAAGGUACUCAGAUCCUGGAUUCUGAGUAAGUUCCAGUGUUCUAGCCUUGAAGCCUUGGACAAUACACAUUUCAAACAAAACCAAAUGCUGUCGUAGACAAGCCAGCACAGGAAAAUGAUGGUUCCCACAGCACCCCCAAUCAAACUGGGACUUUGAAUGUGGCUCCACAAGUUAAACAUUUCUGUGUGUUGUGUAUGCUAGGCGAUACCCUCAGAAGGGACUGACUACUAGACUGUAAGUGUGUUUUAUACAAGUGUGUAAGACUAAGACUCACGUGCACGAAUCGAAGAGUAAAGAGACAAUACUUGUGAACGUGUGAACGUUAACACUGUAGUUGCUAGAUCUUAAGCUGCUAACUGUGGAGAGAGAAUCCAGUUAUGUUCUGUCUGGCUGCUGUGGCUUCUCAGUGGCACCUUUGCUGUACAUAAAAUGGAAAUAAAGAUCUCAGCUAGAAACCUGCCAA